CAUCAGUGUUCAUUCCUUCUGGAUCUGUACUCCCACAUGAAGGACUGUGAGACUAAAACAGGCUUGAGAGUUCUUCCAUCAGUACAGUCAGUUUUCCAUUCAGCUCCUGCUGUCUGGUACAUUGACCUCUCAAAGAGAAAGACCUCCAUCCUCCUGGAAGUGCUGAGACUCCGUCCAGAGAAGACUCCAGUGGAGCUGACCGGCUGUCCAGAUGAAGAGAGUGAAGUGAGGAGCUUCCUUCAGUGUCUGCCUCAUAUCUCACAGCUCAGUUUCUCUUACUGGUUUAAAAGAGGAGUCGAGUUGUGUGGACGUCUGUUCUGUGCAGCAGCAGAGAGAGAACAGCAGACAGGAGAGAACACACUGCAGCUGUUAUCAUCACUCUGCACAUAUGAAACAUUUCCCUUCAUUGAUAAAGAGGAAUGUGACGAUAAUGAAGAAUAUCAGUGUUCAUUCCUUCUGGAUCUGUACUCCCACAUGAAGGACUGUGAGACUAAAACAGGCUUGAGAGUUCUUCCAUCAUUACAGUCAGUUUUCCAGUCAGCUCCUGAUGUCUGGUACAUUGACCUCUCAAAGAGAAAGACCUCCAUCCUCCUGGAAGUGCUGAGACUUCGUCCAGAGAAGACUCCAGUGGAGCUGACGGGCUGUCCAGAUGAAGAGAGUGAAGUGAGGAGCUUCCUUCAGUGUCUGCCUCAUAUCUCACAGCUCAGCUUUCAUUUCAGUUUCUCUGAGGGUUAA